AUCAGCUUGAAAAUGUAAAUUUAAUUGAUUUUUCCAAAAAAUUAUCAUGUUUCCUUAUCAGUUUGGCCUGAUAUAAGCCUGUAAUCUACAUUCUAUUAGCAUAAAAGUCAAUUAUUAACCAUUGUCAGACAUUAAAGUUAAAUAAAUAGAACUUUUCUGCAUUUGUUUACAUUUUGUACAGCUGAAUUUAGCUUAAUUGUAAUUGGAUUGGUGAGCUACGUGAUCUUGAAAAGAUCCAAUCUUAAAAUAUUCAUCAGACCUUCAGUCAUUUCAUUCAUUGAGUUUAAUUUAAGACGCGAUAUAUAUAUAAAUAGUUUCCACAGUAUUAUCGAUGAUGAAAAUGAAAUAUACGAGAUUGAAAAUUAGGGCUUUAAAAAAAUAUUUCAGUACAAAAUACAGAAUAUUGAAUUAUUCCAGUGAUUCAAUUUGGACUGGAUUGCAUGUGCUUGGAUUAUUAUGUGUUGUUAUACUGUUUUUGUUCUCUAUUUACCUACUGAAUAUCUCAAAUGAAUCUGGUCCUAAUUGCUAUCUUGACGAAUAUUGGAAGGAUGGAAAAACAUUAAAUGAAAUUAGUGACAAUUUAUUAUUAAGGAACUCUAGUCAACCAAACAAUGUGUUCUUUCACGAGACGAGUUGUAUAAAAGACGGAAUGUUAAGACUUAAUGCAAGACAGGCGUGUGCAAUAGAAUCAGCAGCACUAAUGAAUCCGGAUCAUAACAUUUUUGUAAUGUUUACCUCACAAGUUGGAUUUAGAAACUUGUCAAGCUUGCCAAUUAUUGAUGCACUGCUGUCAUAUCCAAAUGUGCACUUAAAUUAUUUAAAUAUAACAAAGUAUGCAGAGAAUACGCCUUUAGAAGAUUGGAUACUGACUAAUAAGCUUUUCGAAUCUCAAUAUUUAAUAUCCCAUACUUCAGACGUACUUAGAUUUCUUUCAUUAUUUAAAUUCGGAGGUACAUAUUUGGAUUUAGAUAUUGUCAUGCUUAAAUCACUAAACAACCAAAAACCUCACAACUUUGCAGCUGCUGAAUCUCAUAUUGCGGUAGCUGUCGGAAUAAUUCACAUGGAAGGCAAAACAGGUCAUGAAAUAGCUGAAAUGUGCCUUAAUGACUUAAAAAAGAAUUUUAAUGGUAAAAAUUGGUCUAAUAAUGGACCUUAUGUGCUCACUAGGGUCCUGUAUGAAAUUUGUAGAACGAAAGACAUUCAGCAAAUGAUUGAUAAAGAUAUAUGUACAAAUUUUCGAGUAUUACCAAUUGAAGAUUGUUACGACAUUGGCUGGUCAGAGCUCCAUAAAUUCUUCAAGCCUGAAUAUUUGAAUGAGACGCUCGGACGUAUAUCAGACGCUUUAAUGACUCAUGUAUGGAAUAAGGAUAGUGCAAGGAUACCAUUAUCAAAAGAAGCCAAUGUUGCUUACAUCCAUCUUGCAAAAAAGUACUGUCCAAGGACACUUGAAGCAUGCGAUCAUUUUUGAUAAUUUAAUUUAAGUAAAAAGUUCUCUUGAAAUUUGUAGAUUUAUAAGUUUAUGGAUUAAAGUUGAUUUUUGGUACGAACCUGAAUUAAGAAUCCUGAAAGCCAACAUCAAAGAAACAAUUGUUUGCAUUUCC